UGCAGAAUGGGCGCAGAGUGUUGCUUGGUGCACGUGUCACAGUGUGGGGCCGUGUGCAGGCCCGCCCAUCCUCCCCUUCUUUUUCUCUCGGGUUCUCCUAGGUAUUUUAGGGAAUGUGUGGGUAUAAACAGCCUCCUGUUUUAGGUCCAAGUGUACUUGGGUCUACGUGGAGUGUCUUAUUUCUGCGCGUACUCGCAGGCAAAAUGUGAUGGGCGCUUAUUAUUGGUGCGCAAAUACAUGCGUAUGUAUUGGGUGUGUGCAUAGCAGGGUCCCCUAUCUGUAGAAUAAGGAUAUCUUUCCAAACUAUUGAAUGAGGAGAAUAUUUAUAAUGGUGGGGGGAAUCAUGAGAUGCAGAAAUCAGAGCUAGUCAGAGCUGUUAUUUAUGCUGCUCAGGCUCCCUAAUUUGAAGGAUUCUUCUCCUUUGGGUACUUCUGCUUCCCACUCCCAGGUGGGACUUCUCUUCCUGGUCACCCAGAAAUACUUGGUUGCUGAACCUUUUCCUUUUUUUCCUCUCUCUGAGACACAAAUAAUGCUGAAUAAGAAAUUUUUGCAAAAAAAGAAAUUUUUGCCCACUUCAGAGGGUGAGCUAGACCCAGUCCAAGUAACCCCUACCCUAUUAUAGCUGUAACAGGAAAUGGGCUCUCUGUUUUAUCAUUGACAUCUAACUGAUGAUACUCAGAAACAUAUGUAUACCGUAGUUAAAAUAGCCAUAAAAACAGCACUACCUCACCACCACUGAAGUUCCAGUCCUGAGAGUGAUGCAUCAGAGUGUGGCAUGCUGUCCCGCCUGGGUGAUCUGCUCUUCUACACUAUUGCUGAGGGACAGGAACGAAUCCCCAUCCACAAGUUCACUAGUGCACUGAAGGCCACCGGACUGCAGACAUCAGAUCCCCGGCUCCGGGACUGCAUGAGUCAGAUGCACCACAUGGUCCAAGAGUCUAGCAGUGGUGGCCUCUUGGACCGAAAUCUCUUCCAAAACCCCCUAAUGCAAUCGUGUCUGGGAUCCAGGUGUGUGAGCAGCAACAUUGUGCUCCUGACCCAGGCAUUCCGAAAGAAGUUUGUCAUUCCCGAUUUUGAGGAGUUCACGGGCCAUGUGGAUCGCAUCUUUGAGGAUGCCAAAGAGCUCACAGGAGGCAAAGUGGCGGCCUACAUCCCUCACCUGGCCAAGUCAAACCCAGACCUGUGGGGUGUCUCCCUAUGUACUGUGGAUGGACAACGGCACUCUGUGGGCCACACAAAGAUCCCCUUCUGCCUGCAGUCUUGCGUGAAGCCCCUCACCUAUGCCAUCUCCAUAAGCACCCUAGGCACUGACUACGUGCAUAAGUUUGUGGGCAAGGAGCCCAGCGGCCUGCGCUACAACAAACUCUCCCUCAAUGAGGAAGGAAUUCCUCAUAAUCCCAUGGUCAAUGCUGGUGCCAUUGUUGUCAGCUCCCUGAUCAAGAUGGACUGUAACAAAGCAGAGAAGUUUGAUUUUGUGUUGCAAUAUCUGAACAAAAUGGCUGGAAAUGAAUUCAUGGGUUUCAGCAAUGCCACAUUCCAGUCAGAGAAGGAAACAGGGGAUCGGAAUUAUGCCAUCGGCUAUUAUCUCAAGGAAAAGAAGUGCUUUCCUAAGGGGGUGGACAUGAUGGCUGCCCUUGAUCUCUACUUUCAGCUGUGCUCUGUGGAGGUCACCUGUGAAUCAGGCAGUGUCAUGGCAGCCACCCUUGCCAAUGGUGGAAUCUGUCCCAUCACAGGCGAGAGCGUUCUGAGUGCUGAAGCAGUGCGCAACACCCUCAGCCUCAUGCAUUCCUGUGGCAUGUAUGACUUCUCGGGCCAGUUUGCCUUCCAUGUGGGCCUGCCAGCCAAAUCAGCUGUGUCAGGAGCCAUCCUCCUGGUGGUUCCCAAUGUCAUGGGAAUGAUGUGUCUGUCACCUCCACUGGACAAGCUGGGGAACAGUCAUAGAGGCAUCAACUUUUGCCAGAAGUUGGUGUCUCUCUUUAACUUCCACAACUAUGACAACCUGAGGCACUGUGCUCGGAAAUUAGACCCACGACGUGAAGGGGGAGAAGUUCGGAACAAGACUGUGGUAAACCUGUUGUUUGCUGCCUAUAGUGGAGAUGUCUCAGCUCUUCGAAGGUUUGCCUUGUCAGCCAUGGAUAUGGAACAGAAAGACUAUGACUCCCGCACAGCUCUACAUGUUGCUGCAGCUGAAGGACACACAGAAGUUGUUAAAUUUCUGAUCGAGGCUUGCAAAGUGAACCCUUUUGUUAAGGAUAGGUGGGGCAACAUUCCCCUGGAUGAUGCUGUGCAAUUCAACCACCUGGAGGUGGUCAAACUGCUUCAAGAUUACCAGGACUCCUACACACUCUCUGAGACUCAGGCUGAGGCAGCAGCUGAGGCCCUGUCCAAAGAGAACUUAGAGAGCAUGGUUUGAGAAUAACAGAUCAUGGACAGUCCCUGCUUAAGAAAAAAGCAUGUGCUGGCCACACACUUAAUCCAUAACUACCAAAAAAGUAUUAAGGAGAGUUUCUUCAGUGGGGACCAAGAAAGCCAUUGUGACAUAGGCCAGUGCUUUCUAUGAGAGUUAAAAUACCCCUUUCC